ACUGCUGACAGUACAAACUCAACCGUCGCAGGACAAUCACGCGACCGGCGCGACGGACCGCCAUGCCGUAUCGUUUCGCGUAACACUAUUUUUAUUUCGAACAUCACUAAAAGUGGCCUUACAAUUGUUUAAAAUAAUAAUAAUAUGACAGUAUUUCUACGAAUAAGUUACCUACUGUGAUAUUAUCGUGAACUCUUAGUUAUUUAUUAAACAAAUUUAUACAAAAUAAUGGCUGAUGAAAAGUCGAGCUUGAUUCCCCAGCCUUCUACUUCAUAUCAACAGAUUUAUUCAUAUGGCGCCACAUCAAAAGAAUCAAUACCAUUCAUCAAGAAUGGAACAUCGGCAAUCGUCACCAAAUCGCCUUUGCCAGCGGAUACCCCGCUAUCCAGCAAGGCUGGCAGAGGGAAGGCGUUCCGGCAAGUGAUGGCAUCAUUUAUUGCCAAUUUGGGCACAAUUAACACUGGGAUGGCAUUUGGUUUCUCUGCAACGUCCCUGCCACAGCUCAAAAGUGCAAAUUCCGCAAUACCUAUAACAGACAAUGAAGCCAGUUGGAUAGCAAGUUUGAGCGCGGCUGGCACGCCUGUUGGAUGCAUCGUCAGUGGCUACCUGAUGGACAACAUCGGCCGCCGUCUGACGCUGAUAGUAACAGAAGUGCCUCUUAUUAUAGGCUGGCUGCUUGUUGCGUUCGCUCAAAAUGUCCCUAUGAUAUAUAUUGGCAGGUUGCUAAUAGGAUUUGGAUCUGGAAUGGUUGGUGCUCCAGCCAGAGUGUACACUUGCGAGGUCUCGCAGCCACAUUUACGAGGGAUGCUGGGUGCGUUAGCUUCAGUUGGGGUCUCCACUGGUGUUCUGAUACAAUACGUUAUUGGGAGUGUAACGUCGUGGAAUAUAUUAGCCGGUAUAAGUGCAACCGUUCCAAUACUCUCAUUGCUGACAAUGCUGUUUCUACCGGAGACGCCCAACUAUCUUCUCUCGCACGACAAGAGGGAGAAAGCGGAGAGCGCACUCACCAAGUUGAGAGGGUCCACGUGUAAUCUUGAAGAUGAAAUAGAGAAGAUGAUAGCGUUCAAAGAGAAGAAUCAUGUGGAACCUUUAAAAUCACCGCGCGAAAUCAUCAAAGCGCUGAUGUCACCGUCAGCAUUGAAGCCAUUCACAAUACUUGCAUUAUACUUCUUUAUUUACCAAUGGUGUGGUGUGAAUACCAUUACUUUUUAUGCUGUUGAGGUUUUUGAGGCAUCAGGAGCUCAGUUUGACAAACGGUAUCUGACGAUAUCUCUCGGUAUCAUUCGUGUGAUAUUUACCGUUGUGGGGUGCGUGCUUUGCAGGCGUUGCGGGCGACGGCCACUGACAUUCGUUUCUGCUCUAGGAUGCGGUAGUACAAUGAUCAUUCUAGCAGUGUACAUGUACUUUGUGCAUUACUGGAAACAGAAUGGUAUAACGCCGAUGCACUCCUGGAUCCCCGUCGCUAGUAUCUUCAUAUUCAUCAUAUGCUGUACUAUGGGCUACCUGAUUAUACCGUGGGUUAUGAUCGGAGAAGUUUAUCCUACGCAGGUGCGCGGUAUUGUUGGCGGUAUGACGACGUGUGCGGCCCAUUUAUCCGUGUUCUCGGUUGUGAAGACUUUCCCUUACCUCAAACAUGCCCUCUACGAUUACGGGACAUUCGCUUUGUACGGAUCUAUGUCUAUUGCUGGAACCGUCUUCUUCUACAUGUUCUUGCCAGAGACAAAAGGAAGGACGCUACAAGAGAUAGAAGAUUACUUCUGCGGCAGAACGAAAAGCUUAAAAAAGAACAGUACACCGGAGAGGGCUUGAACGAGAAGCAUUAGCCAGCAACGGCAGCAACUGCAUAGGUUUUUUUUAAAUUAUUUCCUGACGGUAUCGUUUUGGAUCUCAAUAUUUGCAUUGCCAUGUUUUUAAUUGAUUUAUUGCAAAAAAUUCUCAAUGGAAAUUGCAAUUUUUUAUUAUUUAAAAAGAGAAUUAAAUAGCAUUAUAAAAAUAUUGUACGCCUGCAAUGCCAGGGGUGUCACAUACGCGUUAUCAACAUUAUUUAGAAAAUAAAAAUAAAUUAUUAUAAAAAAUCUAGGGUAAUACAUUAAACUAAGCAUUUUGAUUUAAAUUUUAAUUACUGUAUCUACUGUUUACAUAGUUGAGUGUAUUUCUUAAUUGAAGUAUUUUUAUUUCUACAGAGUAAUUUUUAAAACUUUUUCGUCAUCUUAUUUUGACGUGAUUUUAUUAUAUUUUUUAAUAUAUACGACAAAUAUUUGCGUCAUUGCAUACUCUCCAAAUUUGACAUUCAACCAAAAAUAGUUUUGUGUGCUCAUUUGGACCGAGAAUGGGAGUAGUCAUGUGAUAAUUAUUGUUUUCUUUUUAACCACUCACUAUGGGCCAAAUUAGGUUUACAUUGUACUAGUAAAUGCAUGUAUGGAUACAAUAAAAACCUAAUCGAUUAUCGAUAAAUAUUGUUUUGUUAUUAUCAAAUAUUAUUAUUGAUAAUAUAAAUAUAUUAGUGAUAAUUUUAUACGAACUGCCGUACAGAGCAUAACAAUUACAACACAGUUUGACUGUAACUGGUUAUAUCCGGUUAUAUUAACAAAGGAAAACAUUAAUUAAACCAAAUUAGCUUUAUUAAUUUCUUUCUGCUGUUCAAUUACAAUAAAAUGCAAUUUGUUUAUAAAAUUUUAAACUAAAAAUACAGCCAUCUCGCCGUCAAACACAUUCACAGUCGUGAGCAUAUUUUUUUUAAUUAUUAUAAAUUAUAAUAUAGGUAUUUUUAUAUAGGUUGUAAAAUUUAACCUCAAAAUAAUUUAAUACAUUUAUGAAUCCCGAAUGCAGGGUUAUAUUUAAAAAAACUUGAACUAAUUUAUUUGAAAUGUUAGUUAAGAGUACAUAAAUACAAAUUAUUAAUUACAGUUGCAAUGAGGCAACCCUAUUUCUGAAUUGUUAGGGCUGUGUUUAGAUAGUGUUAAUGCUUUUAAAGCAUCAAGUUAGCAUAUUUUUGCGUUAAUAAGUUCACAACAUUUAAGAAACGAUAUAAAUUGUUUUUGAUGAGUUAUUGUUGUAAUUAUAUUUAUACUUUAAAUAUUAUUAUUUAGGUGUUACAAACAUUGUUAAUAUUUUACAUUAUAGGUAUACUGUACUUUUAGUUUCUCUUUUAGAUAAACCUAAGAGUAUAAUUUUAAUGUAUAAAUUAAAUUAUGAAUGAAAAUUGAAUUGUGCCUUACUAUGUACUUUCAAAUAUAUAUACAAAAAUAUAUACUUAAUUAAGAAAAUGCUAUUUGUUCUGUUGUUGAUUGAUUACAGUUUUAAAUGUAUUGAUGUAAAUAAUUUUAUAUACAACUUAUUCAUAAAAGUAUGUAAAAUAAUUAUUUUUAUAUAUUACAUUCAUUAUUAUAAAAUAAAUAGAUUUUAUAAUACAUUUACAUUAUUGUACAAAUAUUUUAAUCUAGAAUAAAAAACAUUUAUAUACAAUUCGUAUUUAUGUAUUUUUUAAAAAUAUACAUAUUUGUUAAAUGUUUUAUACAUAUAAGAUAAAAAAAAAUUGCAUAAAAAAUUAUGUGAAUUAAUCGAAAAUCUAAUGGUAUAAUGUUGCUAUUUAUUUUUAAUUGAAAUUUAGUAUAAAUAAAUGAAUUUGAGUAAAUUUAUCGUUCAAGUAUUACUAAAUUAAACAAACAUGUAUUUUAUGUUGCGAAUAGUUUUUAUUCUUAGUUUAGUAUUUUAGUAAUUGUGCAAUGUGCCAUUGUUUAUAUUAUUAUAUCAAUUAUAGGUAAAUGAUUGCUUCUAGCACUUGCAUAGGUCUUGUUUAUGGUAAAUAUAUCGGCGUAUAUAGCAAAGUUUGUGUGGUUAUAUCUACUUUCAUAGAAAAGUAGUAAACAAAUGUAUCGAUCGCUAUUCACGUUAUCGCUACAACAUGAAAUAGAGAAAGAAACGUCUGAUGUCUUCUUCUUUUUCAUGAUUUCACUAAAAACUAAUUUACUGAUAGAUUUAUUUGCCAUUUUUUUAUGCACCUUAGAAUGGCAAACAAGCUGACGACCCACUUGAUGGAAAGUGGUAACCGUCACCUAUAGAAUUUGUAUACACGUACAUGGCAGCUUACUUACAAUCGUACCCUGCAUUAUUUGAUGUUUUAUCCCAUUCAUCCAUUAAUCCCAUUAAUAUUAUUGCGAAAUUUUGUAGCGAUGGAUGGAUGGAUGUUUAUUUGCUACUCUUUCAUGUACAAAUUUUGAAUGGCUUUGAAUGAUAGUACAUGGGUAAGGUAUUUCCUAACUUAGUACAUAGGACACUUUAUGUAUUAAUUCACGGAGGUAAAACCGCGAGAUAUGACUAUUAAAUUAAUAAUAAUAAAUUAUCUUAUUCCUUGUAAUAAAUCGUAUACCCACAAAAUACCUAAGAGUAUUAAAUACAUAGGAUUCUCUCCACAGAGAAUUUUAAAUGAAGAGCAGCACUUGCACAAAUGUAUAAAUUAUAAUUUAGUUUGCGCAUUAAAUAAACACACGUAAGUACAUAUUCAGCUCAAGGUUAAAUUUUAACCUCAAUUUUAGUUGCCUGCAUCUAAAAAAAUAUAAUUUCGUUGUUUUGUUUUAUUUGUAAUUGUAAGUUAUUUAAAGAGUUGAAACAAAUUAAAUAGGUACUCGCUUAUAUAAGAAAAAUGCAUUUACGGGUAGAAUUUUAAAUAAAGAGCAGCACUUGGCCAAAUGAAUAAAGUAUAAUUAAUUUGAGCAUAAUACAUGUGAUAUAAAUAUAUAUAAAUAUACGUAAGUACAUGUUCAACUCAAGGUAAUAAAUUUUGAGUCGCCUGUAAUACGAAACAAAAAAAUAUAUAAUAAUAUGUUAGCAAUAUCCAAUAUGGAAAUGUAUAUCACCGUAAACAAGGCCUUGGCUAUGCUUAUCAAUAAUUUUUAGAAUUAAAUUUUGUAAAAUGUUAGGUAGUUUAAAAUUAUGAUCAAAUAUAAAUAUGACUAUUUUUUUGUAGUUUUCUGUUCAUUUUUUUUUAAUAUUACACUGAAUGCUAACGAAUUCGAAUACGAAAUAAUUUUGAAAUUACACCGGUAUUUUUUACCAGAUUUUUUUAUCUCCUUUGCAUGUUUGUACUAUUUGAAUUUGUACUGUUUUACCUAGAUACUUAUAUUAAACAAUUAUUUAUUUUUCUAGUAACAUUUUUUUACAAAAACCUUUCAAUACAAAUUGUCAUCGAUCGUUAUGCCAAUAUGAACUUUAAACCUUACUAUAUAAGUGUAUUAUCCAAAUUUGGUGAAACCAAGAUUACGAUGGAUUGUUUAUUGAUAUUGUUGAAUAUAGUUACCAGUAUAACUGAGUAUAUUUAAGAUGCUUGUAUUUUAUAAAGAAGCAUUUUUGUGAUAGUGUUCUAGGUACAACCAAGUUGAUGAACAUAUCGGAACAAUAAAGUAAAAUAUGAGAAAUUUUAAA